AGGUCGCGCCGCUGCUGAGGGCCCGCCACCAGCCACUCCCCCGCCUUCAAUAACCCAGGGGCGUGUGUUUCUCCCUUCCUCUCUCCCCCGUCACCGCCACACCACCAGAUUUUAUCCAGUUUUGCUGUUCGCCCCUUAUUCCAACGCUGCCUACGAACACCACGCGCCUCUGAACGGAACCACAAUUUGUGAGGACGACCCGAUGAACAGCGACCCGGACUAGACCAUUGAGGGCGCCGGCCAGACAGACCUGAAUCAUGGCCAGCCUCAGACGGCAGAAGAAACACAGCGAGGAAAUGGCAGAGGCAGGCCCCGAGAGGUGUGAGCCCCAACAGGCGCCGCACACACUCCACCGCCUGCGCCACCCCGCCACCACCAAGUACCACAGAGCCAAGCACAGACCUCCGCCCCCCUCCCACAGACACUCGCCUCCGCUACUCCUCCAUUCAGACGCCCCCCACCCCGUCAGCCUUGCCUGCACCACGCCACCUUCACUCAGUCUGCUGUGGCGGCAGCGUGUAUCCCUGCCACAGAUGUCUCUUUCACCGUUUGCCUUCUGCCUCCUCCUAGUGGGCUCUCUGGUGCCGCUCUCGGCCGCCAUCUGCCCCGGCAACUGUACUUGUGAUGUCGAUUCCUUCGUGGUGCGGUGCGAGCCCUCCAACAUCGAUGUGAUGCCCCUCACCUUCCACCCAAAGCUGCAGCAACUCACCAUGUACGGCACGGAGAUCCACACCCUCGACAUCAACUCCUUCACCUGGUAUGAGGACCUCAGGCACGUCAACCUCAGCAAAAACAUGAUAACCGAAGUGAUGCCGGAGACUUUCAAGAAGCAAAAGUUCCUGGAAGAGCUUCACUUAGCACAGAACAACAUCAGCAAACUAACGAAAAAAAUGUUUGUCGGACUCUCCAACCUCAUCGUUCUGUCCCUGCGCAAGAACGUCAUUGAGUCUCUGGGUGAGGAAGUAUUUGUGUAUCUGAAGCAUCUACAGGACCUGGACCUCUCAGAAAACAGAAUAGAGAAGCUGGAGGAGGGAGCACUGAUGGGACUGUCCAACCUGCGAGUGCUGCACCUACGGGACAAUAGGCUGACGGCUGUGCCGGCAUCAAACCUUGCCCUGGUGCCUGACCUGGCGGAGCUCAGCCUGGGCACCAACUACUUCACAACAAUUAAGCAGGAAGACUUCAAUUACACAAAGGGUCUGAAGAGUCUGGAUCUGUCAGGAACUGCUCUGAACGAAGGACUCAACAUUGAGUCCUUCAAGAAUCUCUCCAGCCUGCGGAAACUGAGCAUGGAGAGCUGCAGGCUGAGAGUGAUUCCCAGUGCUGCCCUGAGCAGCCUGAGCAGCCUGGAGGAGCUGCACAUUGGCCACAACCCCUUCACCACGCUGCCAUCAGAUGUUUUCCGCUACAACCACAACCUGCACUCCCUCUACAUCUCAGGGUGCCCCGAGCUGGUCCACAUUGAAAAGAACGUUCUGCAAGCCAACCUGAACAUCAAGCAAGUGAUAAUUACCCACAACCCUAGGCUGACAUACAUCGCCCAAGAUGCACUGCGGCUGCUGCCGGAGCUGAGCAUGCUGGACCUGCGCCACAACAACCUGCAGCAGAUCAGUGAGCACGCAGCAACCUGGCCAGACAUAAAGCAUUGGUACCUGGAGGGGAACCCCAUCGCGUGCAACUGUUCUGCUGCCUGGCUGCGCACGCUGCUCCUAGAUGCCAACUUUAGUGCCAGUCUGAAGUGUGCCUCUCCCCCUCGCCUGGCAGGCAGGGCGCUGCGCUCCACCGAGAUCAGCGACCUGGCCUGCGGCAUGGACUCAGCCACGCAGGGCCUGGUUAUUGGCCUGGUCAUCUGCUUCCUGGUGGUGAUGAUUGCCACGGUGGUGGUGGUGAUGCUGUACCGCCACCACGACUCCUGCGUGCACCGACUCCUCAAGGGACACCACAUAGGAGGACAUGGGAGUCAGUACAACCACUCAUUCUCCCACAGCUAUCACCCGGCCUACACCGUGACGCCCACCAAGCCCGUGCCUGUGACUGAACUCUAGCAGUCAGCCCGAUACUGAGCCUAAGACUUGAAUCACUCCGUGAUCACCUUGACAGUUGUGAAGUGAGGGUAUUGAAACAUGGAUAGAUUGCAGAAACUGUGGAUUGGAAAGUGCUUACCGAGAUAGAGAAUAUUACUUUUAGCCUCCGUGCAAAAACGUGGCUAUAACGUAGAAAUGAACAUAAGUGCAUUUAGCAUGCAUUAUAAUAUUUCUUAAUGGAAGUUGUGUUAAUUGUUCUUCUUUGCAGUGCCUGUCUUCCAUAUCUUUGGAGACUCAUGCCUUUAUAUCCUUUUUGACUUUCCAGUUGCCUCUGUACAGUUAUCCAGAUUUAUACCCAAGCCGGUGGUCAAGUCUCAGUGUUGAGAAGCGCACUAAGAAAAGGCAAAGUUAAAUUCUUAGUGAGAUGCAUCAUAUAAAUCCCAUUGUGAUACUGUUUACAUGGAAGAAGGAAACCAGAACAAUGUGACUUCCUUAACAUUAAUCUAGUCUUUGUUAUUUCUCUCAUGAAAGGUGUAUAUUGCCUUAUCAAAGACUGAACAUUUUCUUGUAUUCCCUAAGUCCCUGUGAUAGACCUAUCAUACAUGCUCUUUCUAAGAAUGUUUCAAGUAUUGUAGGAUUUUUAAUGUUUUAUGUGAGUAUACAGUAAAAUUAUAGACUGUGAUCAUAUUUCCCACUUGUAGUAUGAAGUUUUUUGGGAGCGGACUACAUUUAUUACCGAAUUAGCAAUAAUGAGUAUCUUAAUUUA